AUGUUGGAGAGUAAUUAUACCCCACCAACUGAGUUCCUACUUGUUGGGUUCACAGAUUACUUACCUCUCAGAAUCACAUUAUUUUUAAUCUUUCUCAUUGUUUAUCUACUAACUGUGGUAGGAAAUUUGGGUUUAAUCAUCCUGGUGAAUACCAAUACCAGCCUCCAAACCCCCAUGUAUUAUUUUCUCAGCAACUUGUCUUUCUUAGAUAUCAGCUAUUCCACAGCAAUCACCCCUAAAAUGCUGGUGAAUUUCUUAGCAUCCAGGAAAAGCAUCUCUUACUAUGGCUGCGCACUACAAAUGUUCUUCUUUGCUUGUUUUGCUGAUGCGGAGUGCCUCAUCCUGGCCGCUAUGGCCUAUGACCGCUACUCAGCCAUCUGUAACCCUCUGCUCUAUUCCACACUUGUGUCUAAGAAGGUGUGUGUGUGCUUUAUUGUGCUGGCAUACUGCUGCGGGAGCUUCACCUCGCUGGUUCAUGUCAACCUCACCUUCAGGCUGCCAUUCUGCGGCUCCAAUGUUGUCAAUCAUUUUUUCUGCGAUAUCCCCCCUCUCUUGGCUUUAUCUUGUGCAGACACCCAUAUCAAUGAGCUUCUGCUCUUUGCUUUGUGCGGCUUCAUCCAGACUAGCACUUUUGUGAUCAUAUUUAUCUCCUAUUUUUGCAUCCUCAUCACGGUCUUGAGCAUCAAGUCCUCAGGGGGCAGAAGCAAAACAUUCUCGACUUGUGCUUCCCAUCUCGUAGCGGUCACUCUGUUCUACGGGACGCUCUUGUUCAUGUACUUGCGUCCCACCACCAGCUACUCCUUAGACACUGAUAAAGUAGUUGCGGUGUUUUACACUGUGGUCUUUCCCAUGUUUAACCCAAUAAUCUACAGCUUCCGAAACAAGGAUGUAAAAAGUGCCCUCAAAAAACUAUUAGAAAAAGACUGGAGUCUCAAAUGA